AUGGCUCCAAAAGCCUCCCGAACUUUCGGGCGGGGAAUCGCCAAAGACUCUCCCGAGGCGAGACAACUCGAGAGAAAGUCAGCAGUCGCUCCUUUCGGCAGAGAUGGCCAGCCCGUCGGGGAUUUCACGUGUUGGACCGCUGACUGCCCGUCAGUCAAGGCGGAUCCUAGCCUCGUGUUCGCCAAGUGUAUCGUCGUGGGCGGCACAGUGGACACGAAACUGCAGCUGGAGCAAGUCGAUCCGCCUGUCCGCGGGACGUUUGAAGUUGAUGCGUCUGACGUCUUCAACGCCAACGAACUGAUCGAGCCCGAGCACAUCGAAGACAUCGGCUACCUGCCCCACACCAACGUGGCUUGCGUUCUGGACCUCCUCAAAAAGCGCUAUUUAAGAGGCCUCAUUUACACGACGGCUCAGCCGCUGCUGGUGGCGAUCAACCCCUUCAAGGACCUCGGCAACACCACCGACGAGUGGAUCCGAAGCUACCGAGAGGCGAGCAAACCUGAGACGCUACCGCCACACGUCUUUCAGACAGCUCGCAGUGCUCUAGAAGAUCUUGAAGGCUACAAGAAAAAUCAAGCCAUCAUUGUGUCGGGUGAGUCGGGCGCUGGCAAGACAGAGGCAACGAAGCAGAUCAUGCGAUACUUCGCCUUAGGUUCGUCCACUGGGAAGACGACCAUCCAGGACACCAUCAUGGCAGGCAAUCCGCUUCUUGAGGCUUUCGGGAAUGCGAAAACCAUUCGAAACAACAACUCCAGCCGAUUUGGCAGAUUCAUGAUGCUCGACGUUUCGUCCAGUUCCGGCAUUCGGUAUGGAAGUGUCUCGAACUUCCUCCUCGAGAAGGUCCGUGUUGUGAGUCAAGAAGCAAACGAGCGAUCCUACCACAUCUUCUAUCAGCUGCUAAAGGGCGCGACAAGCGAGAUGCGCGCCAAGUAUCACUUGAGGUCUCUAAAGGACUACGUCUACCUCAACGGCAAGAGCGGAGGGUGUUAUGACGUGCCAGGGAUCAACGACGAGGAGGACUUUCGGGAGGUCCUCUCAUCCCUCGAUGCCAUGAACAUCACCGGCACCACGCGGGAUUCUGUCUUCUCAAUCAUAUCUGGACUCCUACUCGUCGGAAACAUAUCUGUGGAGGCGCAAGAGUAUCAGGGCGUUCCCGACGCGGCAAAAAUUCCCCCGCAGGGUCUCGAAAUUUUGAGCGAGGCUUGCGAAUUGCUCCAUGUUGACAGCGCUGCUCUGGAAAAGGCUGUCCUCACGAAAACCACCAAGGUCGGCCCUCAGGUCAUCGAGGGGCCGCGAACAAAAGAGGAGGCUGUCACCUCUCUUUUGUCGCUCUCGAAGAAUGUCUACGACAAGCUUUUCGACUGGCUGGUCAAGCAGCUGAACCUGCUGAUUGAUGCGCCGAACGGCAUGCCAUCGUUCAUUGGAAUCCUUGACAUUUUCGGGUUUGAGGUCCUGCAACACAACUCACUCGAGCAAGUCCUAAUCAAUAUCACCAAUGAAUACCUGCAGAAGCACUUCGUUGACGUUGUGUUCGAGAUGGAAACAAAAUUGUAUCAGGCAGAAGGCGUACCCACUGAGGCGCUGGAGUACACAGAUAACCGUGCGCUCGUCAACGCGUUGUGCGGAAAGUCAGACUCCUUCUUCGCCCUCCUUGAAGAUGCCUGCGUAGGCCUCAAGUCAACCGACGAGGGAUUUCUUAGCACGGUAUUGCGGCGCCUGGGGCCUACCGGCUUUUUCAUGGAGUCGCGAAAAGACAAAAAGUUCAAGUUUUUGGUGCGGCAUACCAUCGCGGACAUCGAGUACACAUGCCAAGGCAUGCUAGAAAAGAACAAGGACUUCCUGCGAAAAGACACAAUGGACGUGAUAAAGGCGUCCCCUGACGCUGUGACACGCGCUCUCUUCGAAGGCAUUGAGAUGGAGGCUGGCAAAAUCGGCAAGGGGACACUCAUCGCUUCUCAGUUCUUAAAGAACCUGGAGGAAAUGAUUGGCAUCAUUGGCCAAACGGAGCCGCAUUUUAUCCGUUGCCUGAAGCCGAACGAGGAGAAAAAGGCCUUAGGAUGGAACGCGUCGAAGGUGCUGAAUCAGCUCUUUUCGCUGUCCAUCUUGGAGGCUCUACAGUUACGCCAGAUCGGCUACGCCUACCGUCGCAAAUUCAACGAGUUCUGCAGUCACUUCCGAUGGCUCGACCUGGGUCUCGUGAACUCAGACGCAGACCGGAAGGAGGUGGCUGAGAGGCUUCUCGUAGACUCCGGUAUCCCGAACUCCGAAUGGGUGAUUGGGAAGACAAUGGUUUUCCUAAAGCCUGAUGCGGCGAAGGAGCUGGCGGUACUGCAGCGCGACCGCCUAGCCUGCUUCCAACCCUUAGUCACGGUCGUAGCUGCUGCGUGGAAGAAGGUCCUCCUCCGCCGAUUCAUGGCGAGAAUCGUCAGGUUCCUCACCAGGGUUGAGUCGAAUGCCCGCAUGCACCUCGAACCGUGCAAAAUUGACAUUUCUGAGGAGGACCGUCAGGCGUUUCUCUCUGGCGUCGAACGCGUGCGCGCAAAGACGGUGGUCAAACAGUGCAAGUCGAGCAACCGGCAGCCAGCCAUGCAAAAGACGUUGACCCUCUCGAGCUUUCAGAAGACGCGAUCCCUGCCGCGAACCUACGCGGCGAGCAACGAGGGGCUGGACGUCGACGAUACGCGCUCUGUCGACACCGACGCGUUCGUGUAUCUCAAGACCCGACGCUCGCCUAACGAGAAUUAUCUGCGUCAGACAGCGCUGGCCCGCUUGAAGGAGCGCCGCCCGUCCGAGGUCUGCAUGGAGGAGGCCUUCCACGUGUGGAGGUCUGUGGAGCUGCUUUUCCGGGAGCCCCUCAGCGAAGGCCGUCUGCAAAACAUCUGCACGGCGAUUCGCAACGACAUGGACAAAAACUACGGCUUUUUCUGGCAGGUGAUUAUCAACCGCGCCCCGCACUUCGGCGUGGCGGCGACGCACAUCCACGGAUCUCUUCACGUCGUCGAUCAACAAGGCAUGUACCGUGAUGGACGAGAGUUCCUCUUCCACCUCAUCAUGUACAAGACCAGGAGACCCCGCAAGGAAGAGAUUCGCCUUCAUGAGAAAGCUGCCGAGAAAACGUACGGCAUCUGCAGGCAGAAGGACUUUUCAGGAAUCGUGCGGGUGAAGAACAGCAAGGUGCCGCCGUACAUGGAGAAGGACGUCUCUUACUUGAUCGGGAUGCUGUUUCAACGCUACCAGUACACGCGCGACUGGACGAACUUCGCGACGCGCAUUCAGUCCUACCUGAUGGGCCGCUACAACGAGCCAUUCGGGGGAGCGUGGAACGUCGUCGCACAGGAAGGCGCGUUCUUCCUGAGUCGGUUGUGGACCAAACACAGCCGCUUCCUGCGGGUGGAAAUUGAUUUCCCCGCUCUGGCUGACGCCGGAGGCAGCGAGUCCGGCGCAAGCUAUCCCACGCCUGUCCUCACGGUAGUCUGCUUCGAGGCCUGUGCCCCCGACCGCGCGUCGUGA